AUGACUGGUCAAGAGAUCUCACUCGGCACGGUGAUUACGUUGACCGACGGACGGCAAGCUACUGUUCGUUUCAUCGGUCUCACCCACUUCGCGAAUGGAGAGUGGAUUGGUGUCGAAUUAAACGACGCCACCGGCAAGAAUGACGGUGAGGUUCAAGGAGAGCGUUAUUUCCAAUGCGAGCCAGGAUUUGGCAUGUUUAUCCGUCCAACGGCCAUUGGUACGGUACUUCAACAACCAUCGCGGGAGAGUAAACAAACCGCUAGACCCGGUUCCAAUGCGACUACCGGCAGACAAUCCCAGGCAGGAAUCGCUGCAGGCGUACGAAAACCUGGCGCAUUACCCCCGACAACGAUUAAGCGGCAGAGCACAAAUGCAACUGGAACCCCGACCCCCGCGCCAAAGGUGGCCGCUAGACCAUCGUUGAGGUCUCCUACAAAGUCUCCUACGAAACAAUUAUCCUCUUCAACGGCGCCCUCCAACCGUUCAUCGAUCGGCGGUGCUCCACGUACCUCCACUGUCGCACCGAAUCGUCCACGAUUAGCUUCUACGGCAAGACCCUCCAUGGGCCAAUCUGGAUCCCAAGCAGCCACCUCAAGGGCGUCACGGCCGUCUGUCUCUGGAGCGACGAGGACAUCACGACCAGGAUCGCAGAGUACCGUUUCGGCCGCCGGUCUAUCCAAGCGCCCUUCGUUGCGACAGGUUGCUUCCGCAAAGGCCUCGGACGCUGGCGAGACGGGAACAAGCGGACCAUCAGAAGGACCUACCGAUGCAGAAUCCCUGGACAACGAAGAAGGAAGCCCUCGAAAUGAUGAACCCGCGCCAACGCCGGCGCCGGCAGCUGCGCCUGCGCCCAGGGCGUCAAGGCAGUCUAUGACAGCUACCCGCCCUGCGGCAUCUCGACCAGGAGCUACGCCGGCUACGAGCCGCCAAACACAAAAUGCUGCUGCUGCUCGAGAGCUGGAGGAACUCCAGACCAGGCUGCGAGUCAUGGAAAAGAAACGGGCCGACGACCGCGAGAAGCUGAAAAUGCUAGAACAGUUACAAACGGAGCGUGACAAGUUCGAAUCGAUUAUCCAGAAACUCCAAGCAAAGUACCAGCCGCAGCAGAUGGAAAUCACGGAGCUGCGCAAAAGUUUGAAAGAAACCCAAGGUCGUCUUGAACAUUUGGAGAGGAUGGAAGCUGAGCACGAAUCCCUUAUGGAAAUGGCCACCCUGGACCGAGAAAUGGCAGAAGAAACCGCCGACGCCUACAAGCACGAAUGUGAGACGAUUCGAUCAAAACUGGAGGAGCUUCAAUUGGAGGUUGAAGUACUGCGAGAGGAGAAUGAGGAAUUUGGCCAAGUUACGAGCCCAGAAGAACGAUCCAGCCAAGGAUGGUUGCAGAUGGAGAAGGCCAACCAACGCCUUCGGGAUGCUCUGAUCCGGCUCCGGGACAUGACACAACAGCAGGAAUCGGAUCUCAAGACCCAGAUCAAGGAGCUUGAAGAAGACCUGGAAGAAUAUGCUGCCGUCAAGGCUGACUAUGAAGCCACAAAGGAAAAGCUUCUGGUCGCAGAGACUAACGUCGACGAUCUCAAGCAACAACUGGAAACCGCAUUAGGAGCUGAGGAGAUGAUCGAAGAACUAGCCGACAAGAACAUGCGUUAUCAGGAAGAGAUAAAUGAGCUCAAGGCUGCCAUCGAUGAUCUGGAAGCUUUGAGAGAGAUCAGCGACGAGCUGGAGUCCACACAUAUCGAAACUGAAAAGCAGCUUCAGGACGAAAUCGACUAUCGUGAUACCCUUUUCACCGAACAGCUUCGCAAGAUUGCGCAACAGGACGAGGUGAUUGAGGACCUGGAGUACACACUGUCUCGCUUUAGAGAACUGGUUACCAAUCUGCAAGCCGAUCUGGAAGAUAUGCGGGCAUCUCAACAGAUCACCGAAGCAGAGGCCACCGACUUGACCACCCGGUCACGAGCCAUGAUGGAUUUGAAUAUGAAGCUCCAGGCAUCUGUGUCAAAGGCGCAGACAAAAUCAAUUGACGUGGAGCUCAAUCGCAUGGAUGCCGAAGAAGCGGCCAAGCACUUGGCGAUCGUUAAGCUUUACCUUCCCGAAUACUACGAAGGCGAGCGAAACUCGGUUCUUGCUCUUCUUCGCUUUAAGCGUGUCAGCUUCAAGGCCAACGUUAUGAAUCAAACCGUCCGCGAGCGGAUUGCUGAGCAAUCAUCCAUCUCCACUCAGGAAGAGAUGCUGCACGCGCAUGAGGUAUCUGAGCAUCUCUUGUGGAUUUCGACUGUAUGCGAUCGCUUCGUGAAUUACAUCAAUGCUUGUUCGCCGGAAGAUUUCGGCAACAUCAAGGUGGCUUUAUUCGAGAUGGAGCCUGUCGAGCGUACCUUGAAUUUCUGGAUCGAGAAUCUCAAGAAGAAUGAAGUGAAUUCGAAAAAAUUCGCAGUUGAGCUGCAGCGCUCCAUUGCCCUACUUUCACACUUGACGGAGACUCUUCUUCCCUCCACCCCAGAGAUGUUUGCGGAAGAGUUGUGCAUGCGUGCGAGUAUGUCUCAAUCGUAUCUUGACCAUAUGGCAGCCGUCGUUGCUCGGUUAAGAUCUUUGGUACAAUCUAAGCUUCUGGUCCCCGCAGAGGGUAGUGAACCCAGCGAGGAAGAAUCUUUCGCAUUGAAGCAAUUUGACUCGUUUGUGUCUCAGGCCCGUGGAUUCAAGGUUGCCAUGGGCAAGGUCUAUCGCUCGCUUGAAGAUCUGCGUACCAGGUCUCUCGCCCUGUCCAAGGAGGCCGAUGAGCCAUUCAAGAAAAUGGAAGCUUCGACAAAGCAGCUAUCGGAGCUUGCUCGAAAAAUAUGCGAGAGUGUCAUUGCUGCCACUAGUGACGAGGGCCGUACUGAACCUUACUCCAUGGAGGAGCUUUUGGAUAGCAUGUCUCAGGCGGCGACAGCCUUCACACAACCUUCUGAUGGCACCGCCGAAUCUGAUGACCCGAUUUCGUUGCUCGUCAAUAGGCUGCGCGAUUUGAGUGCCCAAAUCGAAGAGCUUGACUCAAUCUCAGGGGAUCUCUCUCGUACAGCUGAGUUCGAAAAGGGACCUUUCCCCUGGGUCGCCCGAUCGGAGGAACUGAAGUCCAACAAGACAAUUUCGCCAGAUGCUGACGAGGAGAUUCGUCGCCUGAAGAAUGAAGUUCACGAGGUCUCCACCGCUCUUGGCGUGAAAGACAACACCCUCGAAGAACAAAGUAUUAAGAUUGAGCUUCUUGAAUCACGCAUGCGCGAGGCGAGUAAGAGGGCUGCCAUGGUAAAGGAUCUUGAAACCAAGAUCGAAGAGAUCCAAGCAGUGAGCUCGGAACUCGAGAAAACCGUUGACAUGCAGAAGAAAGAACUUCUUACUGCCGAGGCCGAACGCGAUGAAUUCAAAGCUCGCAUCGAAAGAAUGAAGCGCAUUUCUGGAACUGCGGGUGUCUCGACUCCUGGCGGCGGCAUCGUGAUUGACAAUGAGGCUUCGCUGGCCGCGAUGCAAGAGAAUGAGAGCCUUCGUGCCGAGGUCCAAAGCCUCCAGGCGGCGGUGCGUUUCCUGCGUGAGGAGAACCGUCGGGCGAACCUUCUCGACCCUUACUCGGUGCAGCGGACGACCGACAUGCACGCAUGGUUGGAUGCACCCCUCACUCGGACUGCUCCCACACCAGAGCAGGAGAAGAUCCAGCGCACAGCUCUUGAGAGCCGGGAUGUCCUCACUCACCUCCUCAGACUCACAAAGGACUCUCGAGUGUGCGAGCUGAAAUCUAGCAUGGUCUCAUCCACCGGCGAUGAGGGCACCGCCAGCCGUACCACAUGGCGUCCGUCGAAAUCUCGUCUCCGAUACCAGGUUCUUCAGCAGCGUGAACACUACGAGCACUGGUCCGAAUGGCGCGACGAGAUCGUUCACCACGAGCGCGAACAGGACCGACUUGCUGCUGCCAAGAGGGAGCGAGCCCUUCGCGAUCGUAUGCCCAAACACACUCAUAAGGCUUCUGUUGAAUUCCCACAGGGCUUGGGUCAUGGUAUGAUGGGCCGAGCAUGGCAGAUCCUAGGCAUGCAGAAUGGUCAUCGCAAGACUCCGUCAACCAGUGAAGUCGGUCCGGAGGGAGUACACAUCGUAUCCUCGGAAUAG